ACCACACCACUGAAAAAUUCCCAAACUCUCAUCGGAAUUAGGGUUUCCCUACUAUAAAUUUCAAAUCUUCCCACUCUCAAACCUCAAUUCUCAUAAUCUCAUCUACAUUCUGGUAACCCAUUUCGGCAAUAGCAAGUUCCGAUGUUCUCGCCUCUCAGGAAGGCGCCGGCGGCCCUAUCGCUGACGCCGAGGAACACCGACAAGGGCAAAGCCGUGGCCUACGUCGACGGUCCUCCUCCGCCAUUGGGCUCGCUGAAUGAAGUCAGAAGCGGCGGGGCCAAAACCUCGCCGGAUUUGCAGAAUGCCGAUUGGAGGAGGUUUAAGGAGGUUGGGCUGCUCGAUGAGGCGGCGAUGGAGCGCCGUGACCGCCAAGAACUCGCCAAUAAGGUCGCCAGGCUUGAGUCUGAGCUUUAUGAUUACCAGCAUAACAUGGGGCUUCUCCUAAUUGAGAAGGAAGAAUGGGCCUUGGAGCAUGAGGAGAUGAGUCAAGCAUUGGCCGAAACUCAGGAGAUUCUCCACAGGGAGCAGAGGGCUCAUUUAAUUGCAAUGUCAGAGGUCGAAAGCCGAGAGGAGAAUUUGAGGAGGGUCUUGGUGGAGGAAAAGAGGACUGUUUCCGAGCUAGAGAAGUGUCUGAGAGAAAUGCACGAGGAUUAUAGUCGAGUAAAGCUUGCAUCGGAGGCGAAGCUGGCUGAUGCCAAUUCGUUGAUCAAUAGCAUUGAAGAUAAGUCUCUGGUGACAGAUGAGAAGUUCCUUGCCGCGGAAGCCAAGCUUGCUGAGGCCAACAAAAAGAGUCUAGAGGUGGAGAGGAGGUUGCAAGAGGUGGAGACGCGUGAGAGUGUGCUUCGAAGGGAGCAAACAUCGUUAAGUACAGAGAGAGAGGCACACAAGGAGACUUUUUACAGACAAAGAGAAGACUUGAAUGAUUGGGAGAAGAAGCUGAAAGAAGGGGAAACGAGGUUGGGCAAUAUUCGGAAAAUUUUGAAUGAGAAAGAGGAAAAAACGAAUGAAAGCGAGAUAAUGCUUAAGCAAAAAGAAAAGGACCUUUAUGAGGCUGAGAGGAAGAUUGAGUCCUCAAAUGCUCUGUUGAAAGAGAAGGAAGAUGAUGUCAAUAAACGACUAGCUGAUUUAGUCUCAAAGGAAAAGGAGGUUAAUUCAGGUGCGUACAUCUUAGAGAUGAAGGAGAAAGAAUUACAUGCGUUGGAGGAAAAGCUAAGCUCAAGAGAAAAUGUGGAGAUUAAAGAGCAUCUUGACCAGCACAGGGCCAUUCUUGAUAAGAAGACGCAAGCUUUUGAGUUGGAAAUUGAGGAAAGGAGGAAGAAUUUUGACAAAGAACUCAGUAGCAGGAUAGAUACGGUUGAGCAAAAGGAAGCUGAAAUAAGUCACAAGGAAGAAAUGUUGAAAAAGCUAGAGAAAGUGUUGGAUGAGAAAUCUGAGAGGCUGAAGGAGAAAAAUAAGGAAGUUGAAACGAAUUUGAAAAAUUUGAAGGAGAAAGAGAAGACCUUCAAGGCUGAUAAGAAAAAGUUAGAGCUGGAAAGGCAGCACAUACUUGUUGAUAUUGAACACCUUCAGAGGCUUAAAGAUGAAAUUCAGAAAACAAAAGAUGAAAAUUUUCAACUGGAGCAGCAAAUUUGUGAAGAGAGAGAGAAGAAGGCAAUCACUGAGAAAGAGAGGUCGGACCAUCUACGCUUGCAGUCAGAAUUACAACAGGAAAUAACCAAUUAUAGACAUCAGAACGAGUUACUUUUAAAGGAAGCUGAAAGUCUGAAGCAGGAGAGAGAGAAGUUCGAAAAAGAGUGGGAAGAUUUGGAUGAGAAAAGAGGUACAGUCGAUGGAGAGCUUAGAAAAGUUAUUGAAGAAAAAGAAAAAUUGGAAAGGUUACAAUCUAUUGAAGCAGAGAGGUUGAAAGAAGAGAGAAAAGAAGUGCAGGAUUACAGACGGAGGGAGAUGGAAAAUCUUAAGCAGGAGAAAGAAUCAUUUGCAGCUAGGAUGAGUAAUGAGCAGAUAGCCUUAUCUGAGAAGGCCCGAUCUGAGCAUGCUCAAAUGGUCCAAGAUUAUGAAUCACAAAGGAGAGAUCUUGAAACAUAUAUGCAGGAUAGGGAGGAUAAGAUGGUGAAACAACUGCAGGAAAUGGAGAGAGCAUUUGAGGAAGAGAAGGAUAGAGAAUACACUAAUAUUAAUUUCUUGAAGGGAGUUGCUGAUAAACAAAAAGAAGAGCUACUAUCUGAAAGGAAUACAAAUGAAAAGGAAAGGGAAGCACUUGCACAGCAGAAGAAGGAGCUAGAAGCAAAACAACUUGAAAUGGGAGAAGACAUAGAUCAUCUUGACAAGCUUAGCAAGAAGAUCAAGUGCCAGAGGGAACAGCUGUUGGAGGAAAGAGGUCGAUUUCUAGCCUUUGUCGAGAAACUUAAGAGCUGCAAGGACUGUGGAGAGAUAACACGGGACUUUGUGCUCUCUGAUCUUCAAGUACCUGGAAUGUACCAUGUUGAGGCUGUUCGUGAUUCUGAAUAUAAUGAGUCAGGAUGGGGGAAAAGACUGCAACAGAAAUGCAAGCUAGUGGUUUCUAAAGUAACUUCUAAUAAAAAACUUGAUGUAUCUACCAAGGUACCACCACUAUCGCCUAUGCAGAAAGGAAAGGAGCCUACGUUGCUUGCUAAUGAGGAGCCAAGAGGUCACAGCAGUCACGAAAAUGAGCCUCAGCCAUCUCUUAGGAGAUGCAACGACGCUGCCAAUGCUGAACCAGUUGUAACGGAUGGCAGCUCUAAGGAGGUGGAUGAUGGGUAUACUCCAUCAAUUGACAAUAACAGUUUCAUUAUCAGCCAGGAGCAAGACAUUCCAGAAGAUUCUGAGCAAUCAGAGCUGAAGAGUGGCCGACGAAAACCAGCCAGGGGACGCAAGUCUAGAUUGUCUAGAACACACUCAGUGAAGGCGGUUGUUGAAGAUGCAAAUAAGUUUUUGGGUGAAACUCCAGAACCAUCAAAUGCAAGUUUGCUUAAUGAGAGUAGUUACAUAAAUGAGGGUGAUUCCAGUUUUACAAGCAUCGGUCGGAAACGAGCACGCCCUCAGAGCUCCAGGAUAGAGAGUGAGCAGGAUGAUUAUGAUAGUGGAGGACAUUCUGGUAGUGUCACAGCUGGUGGCCGUAGGAAGAGGCGGCAACCUGUUGCUCCAGCAGUGCAAACCCCGGGUGGACAGCGGUAUAAUCUCAGAAACCGCAAGACUGCAGGCACAUUGGUAGCAGCAUCUGCAGCACCUCACAUGAAAAGUAAAAGGAAUGAAGAAUCAAAUACUGAAUCCAUUGGCGCAGAGCUGAUUCAGGUCACAACAUCAAAAAAUGUGGAGUCAACAGAAGAGCGAGUUGUGAGGUUUGCAACACCAGAACCACAAGAUAUUGUUAAUGGCAAAGCUGAUGAAAGGAAGUCGGUUGAAGAGACAGAAUUGAGUGUGGAAGUAAAUGCCACAGAAUCUAGUCAUGGCAACAGCUCAGGUGGUGAGAGUGGCAACAGCUCAGGUGAUGAGAGUGGCGACGACUAUGAUGAUGAGGAUCAUCCUGGUCCAGCGUCAAUAGGGAAGAAAAUCUGGACCUUCUUCAGUACAUGAUGAAACAAAUUUAGCCUCUUGAACAAUCAUUGAACAUCUUUGUAAUGGCAGUGAAAUAGCUUCAGCAUCUUUAGCCUGUAUUGAGUUACUUCAUUUAGUAGGUUCUCUUAGCUUUUUCGUUUCUUUUCUCAUUCGCCUUGUAGCUCCAUUACCAUCUGUAGCAUCCGCAAAUUGAGAUCUAAACAGUCUGCGAUUGGUUGAAGUGUAUAAAACAGCUCCUUGUUUGUUGAUGAAGCAAGUCUUCGCAACCAAGUUUUCAGAUAAUCUGUAUCAGUUGAAAGUUACUA